GUUAUUUUGUUGAAAACCCAGAAAGAUGUUCUGCGAUUUCAAAGAAAAAUGAAACCUAAAAAACAUCACUGUUCACAGUGUUCACUACAUUUAAAAAGAAAUGCACAACUAGAAAAUGAGAAUUUUGAGGUAAAAAAGGUGCUAUCAGAGUUUCAGCAGGAAAAUGCAGAACUGAAACAACAACUCCACGAUUUGAGGUGUGCCUUGAAGGAAGAGGCAAAGAGAAGAAAUGAUGAACUUUUACGUGAAAAACAUAAAGACCAGUUAAAAGAAAAAGAAGCAGAAUAUAACAAAGAAGAUAAAGUGAGAAAGCAAGCUGAAAUCUCUGUCGAUACAUUGGGUACGAAAUUGAGGACUGCAAGAAAUCAUUUUGAUCAGAUUCCUACUAGAGAUGAGUCAGACAACAAGCCAUUGCAUAAAAAUCACAAGACGAAGGAUGAAAUCUCUAUGAGGAGACUGAGAACGGACCCAAUAAAAUAUCAGAACCAGGAAAAGAAGUGCCUUAAGAAUACUGAAAUUUUAACAGAAAAGGAUGUUGACCUUCCAAAGACAGUCAAACUGAAUGAGAAAACACUUGCAAAAACAUUCCAGGAUAAUGAACAGUUGGAUAUUUGGAAAGCUGAGAGGACACUGCAAAACUGCACACCGGAGAGUGAAAAACAGAGAACAGAAAGACCAGAAACAAAAGUCACAUCGCAUCCUGCCAGACCUAGUGCUGCUCCACACCAUCAGGGUGACAGUCCAACUCCAAAAAGAAAUCUAGAACUUGCUUUCCAGAGAGCCAGAGAUAAAGACUUUAGUUCACAGGAAGAAAAGAAUAUUGAUGUAAUUAACCUCGAAGUUAGUAGUGAGAUUCCUUCCCAACAGGCUCCAAAGUCCAAAAUACAAACUAGUGACCUAGAAAACGAGCUGCGUAAGACAAGAGGUACUCUCAGAGUCAUGACUUUGGCUACACAACAGGUAAACAGACAACUAAAACAAAGACAGUGCCAACUGAAGGGGAUGGAACACGGGCAUCAAAAUGAACAAAGAAAGAGGAAUGCACAACUCAGAAAGCAGGAAGCUUCUAGAGAGAAGGUGUCUAAACUACAGAGUGAAACUGCAUUGCUUCAAGACCAAUUGCAUGACUAUCAGAACAAAGCUAAUGAUAAAAAAGAUGAAAUUAUUAAUAUCCAAAGCCAAUUUCAGGAUAUUAUAAAAAGAAUUCAAGCUCAGAAUGACAAACAUUAUCUCAUGCUGGAAAAUGAAUAUAUGGAAUUAACCAGUGAAACUAAUCAUUUAAAAGAACAAUUGGAUCAUUAUGGAAAGGAGAAAGAAGUAGUAGUUGUGAGGCAUCUUGAAAAACAACCGGCUGGUAUCCUGAAAUUACCAUCUGCUUCACCAGAAGAUUUACCACAUUUUCACACAAAUUUAAAAGACAAAAGACGAGAUUUAAAGAAGACACUAAGACACAUGACAAGUCAAAUAAAUGAUCUUACUACAAAGAUGGACAGUGCAUCUUCAAAACAUUUACGUCUGGAAGCAAACUACCAGUGUUUUUUGCAGAACUUGUUUUCUCUAAAAAGUAUCCAAGAUAGAUUUGAAACAAUAGACAAGAAUCAGAAGAAGCUGGAAGAAGAUGUAGUAAACUUCCCAAGGCACACACAGGGCACUCCAGUGGAAGGAGGCACUGAACAACCAGCAAGAUGCGGUUUAGACGAGAAGCAAAAACAAACCCAGGCAGCAGCUCCGGCAGUUUCAGAACAGUUAAGACAGACUGGUUCUGCUUCAAUAAAAACUCAGAUGGAGCUCAGAAUUAGCAAUCUGGAAUCUGAACUGAAAACUAAGAAAUACAACUAGAAAAAUAUAGACACUUCCAUAUAGAUGAAUCCAAGUUCCACAAAAUUCGAAUCUUGAUCCACUGGAGCUUCUGCUUUAAGAAUUACUAAUAAACCAAGACAAGAUCUAUUUUUGGAAACAUCACAAGGAUAUACAGAGAUUUUUAAGAAAAAAUAUGAUAUGAAAGCUAAUAUUGUGUGAAGACUCUUGAUAUAAUACUUGGAUUGUUUGAUGAAAUGUAUGAUGUUAAAAACUAUGGAAGUGGAUGUGUGUAUCAUAUACAUGAUGAAAUUCUCAAAAUAAGAAACUAUGUACAUCUACAAGAAAAUUUGAAGUGCAAAUGCAAACCAGUUUUUAUUGAGAUAUGUGUUUUCAAACUGUCUAAAUGCUAGCAUUUAAGCUUCAUUCGAACAACCAAAUGAUCAACACUAAUUUGGUGGAUCCUAAAUGUCACAUUAAUGAUGAAUUAUUUAUAUUAUAAAAUAUAUGUCACUGAAUGUGGAUCUAGAGAUUUAGACAAUGCUAUUUUGAUAUGCUGGUUAUGUUGACUGAGUGUGUUUCCAGGGAGAAAUCCAUUCAUUAAUGUGUCACUGUGUUAGAAUUAUUAUAGUACCAUCACACAUACAGUCUUUGUAAAAUUUUUGUAAUUUUAAUCUGAAGCACUGACUUAUCUAAUCAGAAACAGCAUUUGCUUAAUGAUUUUUGGCUUUUCUCUUUGAUUAUACAAUUUUGGAAAAUAACACGGAAGUUGCAGAUUCUGGUAUAAAGUACUCUUGCCCACUGAAGCAUUUUAAAGUGAAUUGCUAACGUGUCAUCAUUCAUGAUUUUUAAAUAUUUUCCACAAGUCAGAACAUGCUAGAUAACGACAAUACAACACUCAUAAUAAAACUGAUAUGAUUAACAAGUA